CACCCGUGGGCGCAGGAAUCAGCGCGGUUUUGGGCUCGGGGCUCUGUUUUGUCCCACCAUGGCUCUGAGCCAGCUGAAAUUCAAGGAGCUGGGCGAGGAGGAGCCCACCUGGGAGCAGGAGAACCUGGAGAGCCUCAAGGCGCUGGCGGCCAAGCUGAAGCUGCAGACGCGCCGACCCUCGUACCUGGAGUGGGAGGCGCGGGUGAGGGGGCAGCGCUGGGGCACCCCCGGGGGCACCCCCGGGCCGGGGCAGAGCCCCCCGCACCCCCGGCAGCGGCAGCCGGGGGGCGUUUGUGGCUUUGCCACCCUGGAGGCGGCUCUGGAGUGGCUCAGGACGGAGCUGCGGGAGAUGCAGGCCCUGGACCAGCGGCUGGCGCAGCAGCUGAUGCGGCUGCGGGCGCGGCUGCACCGGCUCAAGGUGGAGCAGGCCUGCCACCGGCACAAGGAGAUGCUGGACGACGCCACCUUCGGCCUCGAGGGCUGCGAGGAAGACUCGGAUCUGCUGUGCACCAUCCCGCCCAGGGCCGCCUUCCUGCUCUCCACGCCGCUCAAGCACAUCGGGGUCACCCGCAUGAACAUCAACUCCCGCCGCUUCUCGCUGUGCUGAGCCCGGGCCACCCACGGGCUUUGGGCACCGAGGGACUCGGGCAGGACGCGCUGCCCACAGGGGGUGGCACGGGGGCGUCACCAUCCCCAUGGGCGUGGGAGACGAUCCCUGUGAGGCACCAGAGUGUCACCAUCCCCAUGGGUGUCACCAUCUCCAGGGCAUCGGGGAUGUCACCAUCCGCCCUGGGGUAGGGGAAUCUCAUCAUCCUUGUGGGGCACAGGAGUGUCACCAUCCCCAUGGGUGUCACCAUUGCCCCCAGGGUAUGGCAAUGUCACCAUCCCCACGGGUG